GUUCUUUUAUACUUUCGACGCUUGUCCAGUUUUUACCGUUGAUCCCGGUGGGUGUGGGUAGAAGAAGGGUUAGGUGAGCAUGACGAGCUGCCCCAAGUAUAAAACCGAAGAUCAGCUCAAUUCUCCCCACCUCGGUCGGCGAGUACGUUGCUGUAAGAAGAUUACAGCUGUAAGAGCCAAAAUAUACUCUUAGUAUUGCAUAGUGCAAAGUAUUACAUUGAGCCAUGUCAAAUCCAUCUGGUGGACUUCAUAUUGCGUCAAGAAACAAUUCCUUAGAGAGAAGCAAUAUUCAUAGUGAGUCUUUCUUGGAGGAGAGAGAUAUUGAUGGCACACCAGAGACCGGAUGUCUCUCAAUCGUGGUGCUUGGUGCUUCGGGAGACCUUGCGAAGAAGAAGACAUUCCCGGCUUUGUUCCACCUUUUCCGCCAGGGAUUUUUGCAAUCCAAUGAGGUCCACAUAUUUGGAUAUGCACGGACAAAGAUAUCUAGUGAAGAAUUAAGAGAGCGACUCCGCGGAUAUCUUAGUAAAGGAAAGGAAGAUUCAGCUGAGUUAGACUAUUUGUCAAAAUUUCUGCAACUGAUAAAAUAUGUAAGUGGUUCUUAUGAUGGUGAAGAGGGUUUCCAGUUAUUAAACAAGGAAAUUUCGGAGCACGAGUCCUCAAAAAAUACUCAACUCGGAACCUCACGCAGACUCUUUUAUCUAGCACUUCCCCCAUCUGUCUAUCCAUCAGUCUGCAGAAUGAUCAGAAAUUAUUGUAUGAACCAAUCUGAUCUUACUGGAUGGACUAGGAUUAUUGUGGAGAAACCUUUUGGAAAGGACUUGAGUUCAGCAGAAGAACUGAGUGCUCAACUUGGAGAACUGUUUGAUGAAAAACAACUUUACCGAAUUGAUCACUACUUGGGGAAGGAACUGGUGCAAAAUCUGCUGGUGGUUCGUUUUGCAAAUCGCUUUUUCUUACCACUUUGGAACCGUGAUAACAUUGACAACGUACAGAUUGUCUUCAGGGAGGAUUUUGGAACUGAAGGACGUGGAGGAUAUUUUGAUGAAUAUGGAAUCAUUCGGGACAUCAUUCAAAACCACCUACUGCAGGUUUUUUGUUUGGUUGCAAUGGAGAAGCCUGUUUCCCUUAAGCCUGAGCAUAUUCGAGAUGAGAAAGUGAAGGUUCUUCAGUCUGUCCUACCCAUCAAACUUGAAGAGGUUGUCCUUGGACAAUAUGAUGGAUAUAAGGAUGAUGAAACAGUUUCACCAAACUCAAAUACACCCACCUUUGCAACUGUUGUUUUACGGAUACACAAUGAAAGAUGGGAAGGUGUUCCUUUUAUACUCAAGGCUGGGAAAGCUCUUAAUUCAAGGAAGGCUGAAAUCCGUGUUCAAUUCAAGGAAGUUCCUGGUGACAUUUAUAAAUGUCAACAGCAAGGAAGAAAUGAGUUUGUCAUACGCUUGCAGCCUUUGGAGGCCAUGUACAUGAAACUAACUGUUAAGAAGCCUGGUCUAGAAAUGUCUACAAUACAAAGUGAGCUAGAUUUAUCUUACAAGCAGCGGUACCAAGAUGUUGUAAUUCCCGAGGCUUAUGAACGAUUAAUCUUGGACACAAUUCGAGGUGAUCAGCAACAUUUUGUGCGCCGAGACGAGCUAAGGGCGGCAUGGGAGAUUUUCACUCCUCUCCUAAACCAAAUAGACGACGGUGUCCUGAAGCCUCUACCCUACAAACCAGGCAGUCGUGGUCCGGUGGAAGCCGAUGAACUUCUUGCAAAGGCCGGUUAUCAGCAGACCCACGACUAUAUAUGGAUACCACCUACACUUUAAUGGUAAAUAAUAUAAACUCUUAUGUAUUUAUAUUUCACGUUAGUAUUAUCUUUGAGCUUGCGAGUGGGUAUAGCCUCA